AAACCUAAGCUUAAUUGCUAAUUUGAACCAAUCUAAUCCUUCUCUUGUCUUCUCUUCUCAUCCAAAAUCCAAAAAUCCUUUGUUUUGGUUUGUUCUGGUUGGGAACGUGGGACACUAUCUCUCUCUCAAAAUUUUGUUUUGUACGAUCCUAUAGAACAGAUCAUGUUCAAGUAAGGUCGUUCUCAAAUUUUUGUUUUGUGAGGAUUGGAAUCUGAUUUUGGUUCCUAUAUUCAUUCAUUUAUGAAUUUUGCAAUCCCUUUCACGUCCUAUAGGUAGGUUGCCCUUCACUUAUUACCCCCACCCAUCAUCACCCUUAAGUCCUUAACACUCACUCGAACCCAGCUCAAUCUCUCUCUGUCUUUCUCCCCCUUAAAUUUCCAGCCUAGGCUCUUGAUUUUGUUCUCCUUAUUUUCUCGACAACUGCCCAUUUCCUCUGCUUUCUCAGAUUCACAUUUACUCCUCUUCCAUAUUUUCUUCUCUAGCUAGCUCUGUAUAUAUAUGUAUUUAGGAUCCCCUCCGGCACCUUAGUUAACUUUCCCAUCCGAGGAGGAUCAAAAUGGCUACAGACUCGUCGUCGACGGUGGAUAAAGUCGACAAGAACUUGUCCUCCCCUUCUCUCGAUUCGACUAGUCUUCAACGGCGGAGGACGAGUUUCCUGAUGGCUCAAGCUGGCAUCAGAAUCUUAGUUGUUGCCUUCACAUUGAUCGCAAUCUCUGUCACGGUCACCAACCGCCAGUCCGUCGUCAUCUUUGGAAUGAACUUCCAAGCUCACUACACCUACUCGUCCGCCUUGAAGUUCUUGGUUGCUGCGGAUGCCGUCUUGUGUUCCUUCUCAGCGGUGUCGUUGGUCUUUAUCUACUCUUUAAGCCGUUCUGGGUCGACAAAUUCACCUCUCAAGAAGUACUUCUUCCUCUUCUUGCUUGAUACGGUGAUGAUGGUGUUGAUAAUAGCUGGAUGUGCAGCGGCGACUGCAAUAGGGUACGUGGGGAAGUACGGGGAAGAACACAUGACUUGGCAGGCAACUUGUGGAUAUGUGUCCAAGUUCUGCAACAGAAUGUCUAUCUCUCUUGCAUUUUCGUACUUGGCCUUCGUUGCCUCCUUGCUUCUCAAUUUCAUGUCUGCUCAUGCUCUCAUCUAUCGCCCCAUUAUCAAGAAAUAAUUCACUCACCAUCCAUCCAUAUUUCAUCAUCUCAACUCUAUCAACUCUAUACUUGUACCACCUCUGCAUUUAGAUGUUUGGUGUAAGAUAUUAUCAUCUGUCUCAAUCCAUCUGUAGAAAUAUAUAAGAUUCAUAUUACAUUAUUGGUGCUAGUCAGUUGUAUUUUGCUUAUAAGUAUAUCAUUUCUCGUGUGUAGUCACCAUCGAUCAAUUCGACUUAAUUCCUGAUGAUGUAUAUGUAUAUGCUGAAUUGGCCUAAUUAUUUGGAGGAAAUGU